AUGGUGAGGCGAAUGGGCUGGGGGGGGACCAGGGGGCGGUUGGGGCGGUGGGGAGACCUGGGGCCUGGAUCCGUGCCCCUGCUCCCCACGCCACUGCCUCCUCUUCCUCCUCCUCCCUGUCGGGGACCUGGGGCGGGGAGGGUCUCCUUCUCUCUGUCCCCUGUCCCUCCCACAAGAAGGACCCCUUCCUCAGCUCCUCCUUCAGCCUCGGGGCUCCCCUGCCCAGCGGUGCAGUCCCCAGGGGCUUCUCAGCCUUGCCACAGUGUCCCCCCCACCCACGCCACCCCCCCAGCGCAGCCCCAGCCCUCCAUGACACCUGUCUCUGCUCCCCCUCUCUGGGGUUCCCACUCUGCCCCUCCUCCGGCCUCGGGGACUCCCCCUCCCCCAUGCCGAUGCCCCCAGGACUCUCCUGGGCUGCGGAUAGGCCCUCUGAUCCCUGAGCAGGAUUACGAGCGGCUGGAGGACGGUGACCCCGAGGGGUCCCAAGAUUCACCCCUCCAUGGGGAGGAGCAGCAGCCCCUGCUUCAUGUGCCGGAAGGGCUCCGAGGCUCCUGGCACCACAUCCAGAACCUGGACAGCUUCUUUACCAAGAUCUACAGCUACCACCAGAGGAAUGGCUUUACCUGUAUCCUGCUGGAGGAUGUCUUCCAGCUGGGACAAUUCAUUUUCAUCGUCACCUUCACAACCUUCCUCCUGCGUUGCGUGGAUUACAGUGUUCUUUUUGCCAACCAAUCAAGUAACCGAACACGACCUGGGCCACUCCACAGCAAAGUGACCUUGUCGGACGCCGUCCUACCCUCCUCACAAUGUGCCCAGCGGAUCUGCUCCAGCCCCCUCUUGGUCUUCCUGCUGAUCCUGGCUGCUGCCUUCUGGCUGUUCCAGCUGCUCCGCUCGGUCUGCAACCUCUUCAGCUACUGGGACAUCCAGGUGUUUUACAGGGAGGCCCUGCACAUCCCCCCGGAGGAGCUCAGCUCGGUGCCCUGGGCAGAGGUGCAGUCCCGCCUGCUGGCGCUGCAGAGGAGCGGGGGGCUGUGCGUGCAGCCGAGGCCGCUGACGGAGCUGGACGUCCACCACCGCAUCCUGCGCUACACCAACUACCAGGUGGCGCUGGCCAACAAAGGGCUGCUGCCCGCCCGCGCCGCGCUGCCCUGGGGCGGCGGCGCGGCCUUCCUCAGCCGCGGCCUGGCGCUCAACGUCGACCUGCUCCUCUUCCGCGGGCCCUUCUCGCUCUUCCGCGGCGGCUGGGAGCUGCCCGACGCCUACAAGCGCGGCGACCGGCGGGCCGCCCUGGCCGCGCGCUGGCGGCGCACGGUGCUGCUGCUGGCGGCCGCGAACCUGGCGCUGAGCCCGCUGGUGCUGGCCUGGCAGGUGCUGCACGCCUUCUACAGCCACGCCGAGCUGCUGCGGCGCGAGCCCGGCGCGCUGGGGACGCGCCGCUGGUCCCGCCUGGCCCGCCUGCAGCUGCGCCACUUCAACGAGCUGCCGCACGAGCUGCGCGCGCGCCUGGCCCGCGCCUACCGCCCGGCCGCCGCCUUCCUGCGCGCCGCCGCGCCCCCCGCGCCCCUGCUGGCGCUGCUGGCCCGUCAGCUCGUCUUCUUCGCCGGCGCGCCCUUGGCCGCGCUGCUGGUGCUCACCGUGUACGACGAGGACGUGCUCGCCGUGGAGCACGUGCUCACUGCCAUGACCGCGCUUGGGAUCGCAGCCACGGUGGCCAGGUCUUUCAUUCCCGAUGAGCAAGGCCAAGGUCGUUCGCCGCAGCUCCUGCUGCAGGCGGCCUUGGCCCACAUGCACUACCUCCCCGAGGAGACCGGCCCUGCCGGCAGGACCAGCUCUUACAGGCAGAUGGCGCGGCUGUUGCAAUACCGAGCGGUCUCCCUGGUGGAGGAGCUCCUGUCCCCUGUCCUCACGCCCUUGUUUCUGCUCUUCUGGUUUCGGCCCCGGGCCUUGGAAAUUAUCGACUUCUUUCGGCACUUUACUGUGGACGUGGCGGGGGUCGGCGACAUCUGCUCCUUUGCCCUCAUGGACGUGAAGCGGCAUGGACACCCUCAGUGGCUCUCCGAGGGACAGACCGAGGCCUCACUGUCUCAGCGCGCCGAGGACGGGAAGACGGAACUCUCCUUGAUGAGGUUCUCCCUGGUUCACCCACAAUGGCGCCCCCCAGGCCACAGCUCCAAGUUCCUGGGGCACCUGCGAGGCCGGGUGCAGCAAGACGCAGCCGCCUGGGGCGCCAGCUCGCUGCGCAGCCCCCCCGCCCCCGGGAUCCUCAGCACCUCUCCGUCCCCUCUGCCGGAGGCCUUCCUGGCCAACCUCUUGGUGCAGCCCCUCCGGCCGCCUCAAGACCUCAGCCCUACAGCCCCCUGCCCGGCCGCAGCCACAGCCAGCCUCCUGGCUUCCCUUUCCCGAAUUACCCAGGACUCAAGCUGUGUGUCCCCGGGAGGCACUGGGGGCCAGAAGCUGGCCCAGCUCCCAGAGCUUGCAUCUGCUGAGAUGAGUCUCCAUGCCAUCUACCUGCACCAGCUCCAUCAGCAGCAGCAGCAGCAGGAACUGUGGGGCGAGGCUUCAGCCUCCCCCCUGUCCCGGCCCUGGCCCAGCCCCCCACAGACCCUCUCUCCAGAUGAGGAGAAGCCGUGCUGGUCCAGUGACGGCUCCAGCCCCGCCUCCAGCCCCAGACAGCAGUGGAGAGCCCAGAGGACCCAGAGUUUGUUCCCUGGAGGGCUCCAGGAGCCCACAGACACCCAGAAGGAGCCUGGCCAGGCCACAGGCACUGACUGAGUGGGCUCCUCAGGGCUCCCUGGCUUCUCCAGUCACAGGAGAUCGGGCGAGGUGGAGUGGAAAGGCAUGCCGAGCCCUCUUUCAAGACCCCCACGAAUGCUUUAGUUGGGCCGGACUUGGGAGUCAUUGACGAACUCGCCCAGAGAACAGAGAAACGGUAGGAGAGGAGCUGCCCAAGGCCUCAGGAAACACGUCUUGGAGACAUUCCCCACGUGGGGGGCUAAGGGACAACUGUUGGUCCUGGAGUGGCAGCCCGGGAAGAAGUUACCAAGUGACCUCAGGCCGGUGGGCAGGGCCAAUGUAGAGGCCAAGCUACACAUCAGGGAGCGAUGAGGGACAGGACCUGAAAGGCAAUAGGUGCUCAGAUUCAUCUGGCCCUUAGGUUCCCACGGGACUGGUGGAAGGGCAUGGGGACCGUGAGUGGAGAAGACUAGAGGGGCCUGAUGUGUUUGGAGUUCAUGGCGGUGUGACGUCUGAGAAAGUGGCCGUGGGGAACCAUCAGUGAAGGUUGCUCACAGCUGUGCUGCUCAUCUUUGUGACCUUAGUCCUGGACUCCCCACGCUUGGCAGCCAGGGCUGUCCCGGCUUCUCGUCAAGAUCAGGGAAGCCACACUGGAGAACUGCCUG